GCAACUCUCCUGCCAUUAGUAGGUUUGACGAAGACCAUAAAAAGGUAUUCGAGCGAGGGAUGAAGAGACGUCCGAUUCGUUUUCGUUUUCGUUUUCGCGCAAUAUGUCAACUUCGUGUCACUGUUCUAUGACACGCAGCAGCCAUCACCUUUUAGUGAGCCGCAACACGGUCCGACUGAACUUAGUCAAGUCCCACGGAAUGAAUGAACUUUCAAGCGCCACAGGUUACCUACUGUACAAUGCUCGGUACUACCUCGUACCAGCCCGUACUUGAGCUCCGUAGAUUAUGAAGUGAUUCAAACUUACACACGUCUCGAAUUACGCAAAGAAUUUCAAGUAUAUUUUAAUAAGAAAUUUCCGCCGUAUUAGACGAUUCAACACAAAACUAAAUUUUAACUAAAUAUCUAUGCUUUGUAAUGUAAUAUGUUUUUAUUUGUACAGACCUUCUUUUUUUAAAAAAAUUGAUUUUCAUAAUACGCAAGGAGUUGGUGGUAAUUUCGAUGUAUAGUAAUUUAGGGUACCUUUCCGAGUUUCUCUAUUAACAGCAAUUUGUUUUCUCUUCUUCACCAUUAUGAAAUGUCUGCUGUAGCAUAAAAUAUUUUUUAUAUGCGGUGUUACUAACUAACCUUGUACAUCCAUAGAAAUUCGUUGGUUUCAAUUCACUUAGCACAAUGGAUAUAGAAAAACUAAUUAAAAAAAAGAAACGUAUCCAGCGAGAUGGUAACCUUCAACAGUUGGCCAUGGUUGUUAAAGAACUUGGAGAUAUAUAUUUUGAAACAGGAAAGUACGAAGAUGCUUUGCAAGAGUAUACAGAACAAUUGGAGGUUUGCAAUAUAUUAAAUGACAAAUUGAAUGUUGCUGUAGCUCAUAGAAUGAUUGGAGAAAUUCAAGCAAUUCUUGGGAUUUAUGAAGAAGCGCUAAAACAUCAAAAUCAUUAUUUGGAAGGAGCUAAGGAGAUGAAUAAUUUAUUGGAGGAACAAAGAGCUUAUGCCACAUUGGGUAGGACAUAUUUUUGCUGGGGUGAAAGCUUACCUGAAAAUUCUGAAAACAGAGUGGACAUUUUCUUAAAUGCAAGAAAAGCAUAUAUGAAGAGUAUACGGCUGUGCAAUAAAUUGGGGGACACAAAUAUACAACUGAAGGAAUUGAUUACUAUGCGAGCACGGUUACUUUUAAAUCUGGGUUUAGUGCUAGAAGCUCAAAAGGAACAUUCCCAAGCUGUUGAUCUCAUGGAAAAAGCUGCAGCAUUGUGUGAAACACAUCAUUUAGAAGAAGAUUUUCAUAGAACACAAAUUGCUCUAGGUGGAAUUCACGAACGUCAGAAAGAUUAUGAAUCAGCAUUAAAACAUUUUGAAACUGCCGCUGAAAUUGAUAAUGCAUUCUUGAAAGCAGAAGCACGACUUUUUCAAGCAGAAUUACUUUUAAAAAUAGAAAGAUGGUACGAAUCACGCAAAAUACUGGUUUCACUUUAUGUUAUAGAGAAUUUACCUGACACUGUUAAAAGUCAGGUGGAGAAGAAUCUUAGAACAGUUGUAAUUUUGCAGUCAAAGGAGGAAGCUUUAAGCACAGAAGAAAGUACAAGCGAAAAGCUGAAACUUUAUGAAAUUCUUGGAGACGCAUCCAUUGAAGCAAAUUGUUUUGAGAAAGCAAUUUAUUAUUACAGAGAGAUGCUCAAGUGCGCGGAAGAGAUCAAAAGCGAUCGCACAGGAGCAGCUCUGUUGAGUCUAGCACGAACUUUGAAGGAUGUAGGACAACAUAAUGAAGCAUUAGAGUUUGCUCGCAAGGAAUUACAGCUCUGCACAGAUCCACGUGAAAUCUGCAGAUCUGCUUUGUUUUUAGCAGAUUUAAUGAUAGCAACUCAAGAAACUGACGAACAAAUUCAAGAUGUGUAUAAUUUAGCUUUGAGAAAUGCAAAAGUUUCUACCAAUAUUUCUUUGGAACAUUGUGUUUUAAAAGAAUGGUUGAAUUAUUUAUUAGAAUUUGGAAAAACGGACGAGGUAAAAACGGUCAAAGAUAAACUAGAUAAGCUGAAAGAAUUAUACACUAGUACAGACAGUGAAGAUGAAUCAGAGGCAAAUGAUGUCGGAGCAAAUAUUUGUUUGGAAGAUUUGUCAGAUGUAGAAACUGAAUUGAGAGCUAGAGAAAACAAUAAAAUAAUUAAAACACGAACGAAAAAAAAGACAAUAAUGACAAAAAGAAAUGAAAAGGGUGAAACACAGCUUCAUGUAGCUUGUAUCAAUGGAAAUAUCGAAGGUGCAGAGAAAUUACUGACAGCCGGCCAUCCAACAAAUGUUAGAGAUAACGCUGGUUGGACUCCUCUUCAUGAAGCUGCUAAUCAUGGCCACAUAGAAGUUGCAAAAUUAUUAUUACAACACGGUGCAGAAGUAAAUGAUCCUGGAGGUAUUAUGUGUCAGGGAAUUACACCUCUUCACGAUGCAGCCGUUUGUGGUAAUAUGUCUAUGAUAAAAAUUUUAAUAGAAUACGGGGCAAACGUGGAACUUAAAACAAAUGAAGAUGACACCGUAUUGGAUUGUCUAGAACAGUGGAGAGAUCGCGUCGAUGACUUGUCUCCAGACGAACAAGCUAAUUAUGACGAAAUUCAUAAAAUGUUGUCUGUUAUGAUUCCAACUAGCACAAGAAAAGUUUUGAAACGGUCAAAUAAAUCCCCUCAUAAUUUAAAGAAGACUGUUAAUGAUGAAGUGGAUAGUAUCGAAAGAAUUUCUGCGAGGGAGGACUACAAAAGAACUAUAGCCAACUUAAAACAUCGAAGUGACCCAAUUGGAAUAUCUUCAACUCGCACUAAACGCAUCGUAAAUCCACUUUUGAAUAGCGAUGAAGUUCUUUUGGAUAAUUGGUUAGAAGAUGAUAUUAAUGAAAGCGUUCCCGAGAAAAGAUAUUCCGAUGACAAUAUUAUUUCUAUGAAAAGGAAAUCGAGCAACAGCGAAAUCAGUCACGAGAAAAAUUCGAAAAGGCAAAAGACAAAGGAUCGAGAUUCUACGUUAAAGGAGCAAGAACUCAAACUACCUGAAGAAGGGAAUACCGAUGGUUGCGAUACCGAAGUAAUGCAAUCUCUGAAUCAAUGUAGACCUAGAAAAAGAAACCAACAAAUGUGUUUAUUAUCGGCCGGAUUCACAAAAGAACAGCUCUCUCGAUCACCUUCACCUAUCGAAUCGUCGAUUACGGAAUUUAAGUUCAAAGAAGCUAAUGUUACAAUAAAAUCAAUUAUUUUAAAUAUUUUUGUAGAAGAAAAAACAUUCCGAACACAAGUGGAUUUAUCGAAUGCAACAGAACUAUCGGUAGAAGAAAUUUUAAUUAAUAUUGAACAGAUGUUUUACAGUGACACCGGUUGUAAAGCAAAGUUCGAUUUGAAAACCAUGAAUGGAAUUGCAAUAAAUUCAAACAACGUGUUCGCAAUUCUAAACGAAGGGGACAUUGUGAAAAAUUUAAAAUGCGACAUAGUUGAAUUAGAAACACCUUCCAUAGUUAAACGGUAUGGAACUAUUUGUAAAACUUACAACAUAAAAAUACGUGAAUUGAUAUCAAAGUGUUUAAAGUCUUGCGAGAAUACGUUUAUAUUGAGAUUGAAACAAGAAGAUACAAGUAAUCAGGAACUUCUCUCUGUGUUAAAAACCUUAGAAUAUGAAAAAAACGUUCAAAUACUCGAUUUAUCGAAUGGAGAACUUCAGGAUAUGGGUAAAAUUUUAAAUGACUGCAUUUUACGAUUAUCAAUUUUGCAAGAAUUGCAUCUGCAAGGAUGUAAUAUGAAUUCAACGUGUUUAAAUAAAUUAGAAAAAUUACCUUUGCAAUUGAAAUUGUUAGAUCUCAGUUACAAUCCACUUGGACCGACAAGUCAUGAAAUACUUUCCAAACUUCUUAUUCCUUUGUUGCAACUUCGUACUUUGAAUUUACGUUACUGUCAAUUAUCCAGUUUUUCUUUCCUUCAGAAGAACAGUAGUCUAGUAAAUUUAGAUAUUUCUUGGAACAAUUUCACUGAAAAUGGACUCUGUACCCUUUUACAGAGACAAUUGCUUAAUUUAAAUUUAUCGAAUACUACUGCAUCGAACGAAUACAAUUUAGUUAAAAGUAUUUUCAAUGCAACAAAUUCUUCAUUUGCAAAUCUGGAAUGUCUGGAACUCGCUGCUUGCCAUUUGUCGGAUGUUGAUGUAAGAAACAUAUUAUCUCAAGCAUUAAAUCUUUGUAAAUUAGUGUUGAAAGGUAAUAGAGAAAUAGGUGUACAAUCUUUAAAUUUGUUAUUGAAAUACACACCGACGUUAAGGCAUAUUGAUGUUAGCGGUUGUAAAAGUAUCUUCGAAUAUCCUGACCCGCAAGUAUUUAUCAAGAGCCCAGAAGUUUGUACAGUUAUUGCAAGCAUGUUUCCUGACGUAUGUGAUUGUUGGCUCCGUUUAUGGCAAGGAAAAGCCAUUAUGAAAACAUUAUCUCAUAAUCUUGUAAUAUUCAAACCCAUUUAAUAAUGAAUUUGAAAAUUACAAACUGAAAUUAAAUAUAUUUUUAUAGAAAUUUUUUUAUAAAUACUAUCAUAACAUUUAAAUUGUAAAUAUAUAUUUCACUUUCAUUAUCCAUAUUUACACAUCAUUGGUGAAAGAAAGUAACAACUGCAAUUUAUAACGAUUUAUCAAUAAAGUAUAUAAAUUUUUGCAUGUUGAGAAAUUUAGUCUACAAUAAAAUUUUCUAUUAAAACAAUGACAAUAUGGUUUGCACGGUAUUGUAGAAACGUUCUACGAAAUUAUUUAUUAAAUUUAAAUACCGUUUCAGUUCUGUCGUAACAAAAGGAUUAAAUUGAUUCGAAUUAAAUGAAAAAUUCCAUUAAAAUUUCAUUAAACGUAGGUAACGAAAAAUUGACGUUACGCGAAGUAUCGAAUUAUAAUUAUAAGCUUUACAAUUUUUUUAACAUUUUUUAUUAAAAGGUUAAAAAGAAUCGUUAUCGCCAGUACUACAGAUCUUGGGUCUGUAGCAAUAUUUCAACAGUUUCGAAUGGUUGAUCGUAGAUGAUGCACAAUGCGGAUUAAAAUAAUUUUGAAAUCUUUCAACUCGGUCGGUAUUGUAACUGAAAACACGUGAUUUUAAAUGAAUGGAUGCGCUUGCGCGACCUUAACACAAGGUGACCGCCUCAAACUUGCCAAAGAUGAACGUGUUACUCGCUUUUGGGUAGCAUACGUGUGCUGAUCAUUCACGACACCGGCGUUGACGCAUGUGUUGUGAAAACCGAUCAGUUUUGUGGUUAAAAAUCAUCGAAAACCAUAACUUACACAGUAGAUCUUGUUUACCGGAUUGUUAACUUCGAGGAGACACGCCGAACCCGCGUUGUUUGUAUAUAACGAUUUGUGUAAUAACAAACAUUAAGAAUUAUAUAG